GAAACUGCCACUAAGCUGAAGAAAAUGGAAUGGCUGCUAGACCUGCUUAGGGCUAAGGGAGAUGUGGGGCUUUUCCAAGGCCAGCUGACACAUGUUCUGGCCUGCAGACACUGCAGCAACAGCAUCUGCCUCCAGAGUCCAGGGAAUCUGGUGAUACUAUUCUUAUUCAUGGUUUGGCAGAUCCAAAGAUGGUGGCAGCUUGGGAAAUGGCAACAGCUUCAGCCCUGGUGCUCUGGAGACAUAACGAUGCAAGGCAAGGGACUACAACUUCUCGAGUCAGAGAAGGAAGAGGAGUAUGGAGAAGAGAAGGAAGAGGAGUCAUUAUCUCUGGGUCCACCAAAACCAUAUUCUCCUUCCAAAGAUGCUUCCACUGGAAACCAAUUCACUGCAGACCCACACCAGCCAUCCUGUAGCUCUGAGGCCACAGGGAUACGAGAACAUCCCAAGGCCACAGGGACACGAGAACAAGUACUCCCACAACCCUCAAGUCCUUCCAGAUCCUUCCCUACCUUCCAGAUCCUGACCAACCUACCUGUGAGGAACAAGAUAGCUUCAGGGAGUUCCCUGCAGCAGAGAAAAAGCCAGCUCUUCUGGGGUCUUCCCUCGCUACACAGUGAGUCCUUGGAGACUAUUUUCCUGAGCUCAGAUGGCCCUUCUCCACUAAAGUUGUCUAUUUGUCCUUCUGUCUUCUUCAACAAGGUUCCCUUCCUGCCUGUGUACAACUUGUUGCUUCCCUAUUAUCACUCUCCAACUUACUAUCCUACCCCUGAAGCCCAUACUCUGAGAAAUCUGGAAAGAAUGCCACCUGGUUCUCAACUAUUUCAAUCUCCACCUUCCCCUCUUAUCCCAUUAGUGGUCUCCAAUGUUAAGCCUUUGCUUAUAGGUUGUAAGGGAAUCACAUCUGACACUGACACAGACACACAGUGGUUUACACAGCAGAAAGAGGUUCCUUGUGUCUCUGAGAAUCAAGCCCUACACUCACAUCCUGAACUCCAAAAAAUCACACCUUCCUCAUUCUUGUAUUCAUCUGAGGCCUGGAGGAAGACACCAGGGGACCCCAGCCUCCAUCAACGCAAUCCAGAAUCACCUUCUGCCUCUCUAUUGUAUCCUUCCAAACCUCACAAAGUCCUAACUAGGUUUGAGGCCCCACAUAUAACCAUGAAACAACACAAGCACCCAAAAGCAUCUGAAUCUGCAAUGCCAACUGCAAGCCCACACCCAACCUCCCUGACAGAAUACCAGAAAGAACACCUGUCGGGAUUGAAAGCUCUCUGGGAAACCACAGUGCAAAAAGAGAACCCUAAGAUCUACGAGCUUCCAAUCUCGACCCCUUGUCAAUUCACAGCACCCAGGACAGAACCUCAAGAAACUGGCCCUCCAGGAACUUCUCCUGGAUACGAAGUUCAGUGGGGAAUCAUGCAACAUAAAGACAAUCCCCAAGCUUUUGAUCUCCCAAUGCCAGCCUCUUGUCAACCACCAGGUUCUCUGUCAGAAGUAAAAAAUGUUAACCCCAAAGGAAGACUUCCUGCACUGAAGGACUUCUGGGGAAACAUGGGAUACAAAGAGAAACCACCUGUUUCUAAGUCUCCAGUGUCAGCCCCCUGCCCUCCUCUAGACACCCUGUCAAAACACCAGAGAGAGAGUCCCCUAGAGGAUCUGUCUGGAUACGAGCCUCAAUUGCAGCACAGAGAAAACUCAGGCAAUCUCUGGGCCUUUGAAACUCCAACCUUGGACUUCAACAUGUGGCUCUAUGAAACCCUCCCUGCAUGUGUCCCAUUGGGAUCUGAGACUCCAGUGAAGGGUACACCUAGUACAGAAAAUCUUUGUGUCUAUGCAGACGUAGUUUCACCUCCUAGCCUUCCCUCUUUCUCUCUGCCAGACUUUGCAAUGAUGGGCCCCCAACGAGUCUUUUCAGAGGCUAAAGCUUUACGGGAGACAAAGCGGCAGGGAAAGAAGCUCUGGGUAUCUGAUUCCCCAUGUCCUGCCCAUGUACCGUCUCUAGACCCCUUUUUAGAACCACAAAAAAUCAAUACUGUGGACGACUUCCCUAGAUCAGAAGCUACAUGGAAGGAUACUGAGCAUACAAGAAAAUGUUUGCCUUCUGAGUCUCAAUUUCUGAACUUCAACCCAUCCCCAAAUCUUGUACAGCCGCCCCUCAGAGUUAGCCCUAUGGAGAACCCAUUUAAAUCUAAAAUUUGGAGUGGAGGCAUUCAAAGAAAAAAUAACUUCUUGGUCUCUGAGCGCCCACCUCAAAGCUUAUCCCAACAUCUGCUUGGAGCCAGUUCCUCAGGAGUCCUCUCUGACCCUGCUGGAGGGUAUAUGAAGCAAAAUGAAAACUGUUGUCUUUCUGUAUCCUCAGUUAGGGAAUCCAGUCCACCUCCAAACUCUGUUUCAAAGGCUCAUAUAGGUGAGCCUUCUGGAAACCUGUGCAACUAUAAACCCAUGGAGUCAGCAUUAGAGCAGAGAAAGGACUCCUGGGCUACUGAGCUACCAGCCCCCAGAUUUCUCUCUGCUCCAUCACAAGACCCACACCUUGACAUUGAGUUUAUAUGUAGAAAUGUACAAAAAAGAGAGGCCUCCCAGACCCCCAUCCCUCCAGUAAUGAAUCCUCUGCAACCAACAUCCUGGCCUCCCAUUCCAGCUAAAGCCCUGAGGUCUGAGCCUAACCAGCCUGGCCUACAGAAGGAAGAGAUGUUCUCAGCAGCCAAGGCAAAGGCCCCAUCUUCCCAGGGUGGAGCUGUCUCAGGGCUGUGUGACCACCCUGUGAGCCAUGUCUGGCAAUGGAGUAGAGAAUUAAAAGUCAAACUAAAGAAACUACAGCAGAGUCCCACUUUCAAAUCCCCAGGCCCACAUCACUCACUUGGCAGUUCCCUAGCCCUUAACUCCCCAACUCCAGAGUCUUGGGGACUCGCUUUUUCCCCACACCAGACUCAAGCUCUCAAUCUGUAUCUCUGCUCUUCAAAUGGUGAUACCCCAAAUAUUCCAAGGACAGAACCUCAGCCUGCCCAGGCUCCUCACUGCUCUCACUCUUCUAGUAGAGCAGAACAAGAGCCUCAAAAAAACAAGAGGAUGAAAUGGAAGACAGUGGUCCAAACGCCAUCCCCAGAGGAUGUUCAUACAAAGGCUAAUGAAAACUCAGGAAUGGGAGAGCCCUCAAAUACGCAGGUUCCAAUCUCUAGCAAGAGACGUCAAGACAAGACUUUAGUAUUACCUUCAGCCCAAAAGAAAGGGAGCCCCAGAAAAUCCAAAGCAGAGAAAUGUGGAGGAGGAACUGCAAGGUUGGGAUUAUCCAUUUCCACAGGGAAAAACAACCCUGCCCAGACCUGCACACCAAAAGAAGCCCUUAGACACAGACUUUCUAAAAAGUCUCAGGAUAGAACUCAGCAGCUUCUCCCAAAUGCUGCUGGUCCCCAGGAUCAACAAAGGGCAGGCCUGGUAGCUGGUGAUACUCAGAAUCCUCGCCAUUGUAAGCCUUGUGCUUGGGCCUCCAAGGAGAAGCAGCUCACAUCCUCCACACCCCAAGCUUCCCCUACCACAGGUUUUCAAAGGUUAUUAGCUAAAUUUCUAGGUGUCCAUAGACGCCUGCCAACUAAAUCCAGUCAGUAAAGUAUGAUAGUACUUUACCCAGUAUAUCACAACCCGAACCAAACCAGGUGUGGGUACAGAAAUCAAGACAAAUAGAGAAAUCCUAAUAAAAUAGUUCAACUAGACAAAUCCCAUUUACGUCUUCUUUAAUGUCUAGGUUAAAGAUGCCAGUUCCCUGUUC